CGUCUUCUGACAGCUCCGCUCGCCGGAGGCUUCUCGCCAACAGCUAUCCAUCAUCGUAUCUUGGACGGGGGCUGGUCGUGCUGGUCACCUUGGUCCAAAUGCUCGGUGACAUGUGGAGGAGGGCACUACAUGCGCACCCGCACCUGCAGCAACCCCCCACCGGCCUACGGAGGAGACAUCUGCCUGGGAUUGCAUACUGAGGAGGCUCUGUGCAACACACAGCCCUGUCCAGAGAGCUGGUCGGACUGGUCCGAGUGGACCCGCUGCGACGCUCUGGGCGGCCAGAGCCGCGUGCGCCACUGUGACGUCCUCUUCCCCACAGGCAACCAGUGCUCAGGCAACAGCAGCGAGACGCGGCCCUGCCCGCCCGACUCCAACUUCAUCCCAGAAGUAUCCAUCGCUCGCUCCAGUCAAGAUGACCGGCGGUGUGGAGACUUUAACGUGUUCCACAUGAUCGCGGUGGGACUGAGCAGCUCCAUAUUAGGUUGCCUGGUGACCUUGUUGGUGUACACCUACUGCCAGAGAUAUCAGCAGCAGUCCCACGAUGCAACCGUGAUCCACCCCAUCUCCGCAGCACCGCUGAACACCAGCAUCACCAACCACAUCAACAAGCUGGACAAGUAUGACUCGGUGGAAGCCAUUAAGGCGUUCAAUAAGAAUAACCUGAUACUGGAGGAAAGAAACAAGUACUUCAACCCUCAGCUUGCCGGAAAAACAUACACCAACGCAUACUUCACAGACGUGAACACCUACGAUGACUAUUAAAGGGAUUACUUGUGACCAGUGCUGUUUGGAUGGAUACCCAAGUAUCGAUGUCAUCAUCACCAUCACCUCAUGCAUACUAUAGUAGAUACCGUAGUUUGUCCCUCUGUUUUUUUGUUGUUGCUUUUUUGUGGUCUAUUAUGAGAUGUGAGAAACCUUCCGUGUGGGACCAUGUUACUGACCGAUGCCAGCCGACGCCUAUUUAAUACUGUGAGACUCGCUUCCACGCCAACCUAGAAGGACGUCAGUUUAGCGUCUCACCAGUAGCCUCGGGAAGUUCUUCUGCUGAGAAAACUAAAUUUUCAGCUCUCUGUCGCGUGCAGGACAGAGGAAAAAUCAUGGAAUGAGGUCUAUUUUUUUUUUCCCAACAAAAAAAAAUGAACUUGAAGAGGAAAUAAUCACUGUUUGACCCCUGUGAACAAUACAGAGCCUAAUGAAAUAAAAACGAUGAAUUUAAAAUGUUCUCUUUGCUUUUAGCGGAUGACGCCACAGGAGUUGCUUUGCAUGACUUCAUCGGAUGUGUCCUAGGUUGCUUCAUCUUUUUGCAUGGUUGAUCGCAUUCCAGAGUCUCAGGCCUGUCGUCCUGGAGACAGCUCUUCCUGUUUGUGCUGAGUCAGCAAGCCCCUGUGCCUCGCUGAGGACCCCUCUGUGGUGCCCAGUGCUUUCGCCCGCCCAGAAAGAAAAGUUUGGCUGAGCCAGACUAAGUCAGACAAUCACAGUGUAGAUACAGUACUUAGGGGCACUGGCCAGUUCUGCUCUGUAGCCAAUGAAGGCUCUUGUUAGUUGAAAUUUGAUGGUUAAAGUAUCAAUGUUUUUGUUGUAUAGUGAACUCACGACGAACUGUGUGUCUGUUGUAGCUUUUCUCAGUUUUAACCAUUAAACUACAGGUUAGUUUGACCAUCGUAACUCAUAUCAUCCAUCCAAGUCUCUCACCUUUGGACUGUAUACAGCGCAAGCUGAAAGUGUGAAACCGUAUAUGAAUAUUUUUCCCUAACAUUUUGAGUAUUACAAGCAUACGGCAAUGUUACAUAGCUUGUUGACAGCAUAGUAACUGUGCUACACUUAAAAAUGGUGCUCCUUAACACAAGCUAAUUGAUAAUUAUGCCAACUGUUUUUAAUCAAAAAAGAAAAAAAAACUGUCAAAAAAUGAAUUUUCUGUUAUGGAACUAAAUGUUCAACGCUACAUGUUUUUUCAAUUUCUACUAAUUCUGCUUUUGUUUUGUUCUGUUUUUACCUGUAAGUUUUGUUCUGCUUGUUUUCAAUGUGCAUAAAUUAAACUCGCUUCAUAUACCUGAUGGUUG